CCAAAGAAGAAGAAGAGGCCAACCCAAAAUAAUCACAGCUGCAGCAGCAACAGAAGAAGAACGCUAGCUACUAGCUUGUCAUACAAACGUAGUAACCUAACGUUAGCUGAAAUUUAUCCAAUGCCUGGCUAACGUUGGUGCAGCUGUUGAGGAAAAGCAUAUGCUGCGAAAGAGAGGGAAGGCCAUAUUAAACCAUUCCUGACAGAGACCGAUCCCGCUUUCGACAACAUGGAGAAACAGUUGCAUUUAAACCUGUUAGCCUCCAGACCUCCUAUGGCUGGUGGUUUCCAGUCCGGCUCCAAAAUGAAAAUGGGACCUGGACGGAAGAGAGAUUUCUCCCCCCUGCCCUGGAGUCAGUACUUUGAAACAAUGGAAAAUGUUGAGGUGGAAAAUGAAAAUGGCAAAGAUAUUUUCAGAAUUUACUGCAGUGGUUCCCAUGGUCCUGUGUUGUUCCUGCUCCAUGGAGGAGGCCACUCUGCUCUCUCCUGGGCAGUGUUCACUGCUGUCAUAUGCAGCAGGAUCAACUGCAGGGUGGUGGCUAUGGACCUUCGAGCUCAUGGUGACACCAGAGUGAAAAAUCCUGAUGAUCUCUCUGCAGACACAAUGGCCAAGGAUAUUGGCAAAGUGGUGGAGGUGCUCUACGGAGAGAAUCCGCCUCCGAUCAUGAUUAUUGGACACAGCAUGGGUGGGGCCAUUGCAGUUCACACAGCCACUGCCAAUCAUAUACCGUCCCUGCUUGGCCUCUGUGUCAUUGAUGUUGUAGAAGGUACAGCAAUGGAUGCUUUGAACAGUAUGCAGAAUUUCCUCAGAAGUCGGCCAAAGACAUUUAAAUCUCUGGAGAAUGCCAUUGAGUGGAGCGUGAAGAGCGGCCAGAUCCGAAACACAGAGUCAGCACGAGUGUCAAUGGGAGGCCAGGUGAAAAAAUAUGAGGAAUCCACUAGCAGUCCGGGUGUGUCUAAUAGCACUGGUGAAGGAAUAAUAGAAGAGGAGGAGGAGGAGGAAGAAGUGGAAGAAGAAUCCAACAAGAAAAGGAUGAAGGAAGAUGACCAGGAGAUAAAAAAGGAAAGCAUCUUCACCUGGCGAGUUGAGUUGUCAAAGACAGAAAAAUACUGGGACGGCUGGUUCAGAGGCCUGUCUGCCCUCUUUCUCACCUGCCCUGUGCCAAAACUGCUUCUGCUCGCAGGAGUGGACAGGCUUGACAAAGACCUUACUAUUGGACAGAUGCAAGGAAAGUUUCAGAUGCAGGUCCUCCCUCAGUGUGGUCAUGCUGUCCAUGAGGACGCACCUGAAAAAGUAGCAGAUGCUCUAGCAACAUUUAUGGUCCGGCACAAAUUCACCGAGUUCAAGGAAGGAUACCUGUGCUAAUUUCCAGUUUUCAGUUGAAAUAUAGCCAGCAGCUGUAGAAGAAAUGUUUCAAGAUUCAUCCAUAUCCUCGUACAAUUUACUGGCAAAUUAAGGAAAAUAUAACACAUUAUUAUUAUUAUUUUUAUUAUUAUUAUUAUGUUGCUUUUGUUAUGUAGAUACUCUGCCUUUCGGCUUUGCCUUUUUAUUUUAAAACACUGGGAUUUGAUUGUACUUUUCCUUUACAAUAUAUAUUUUUUUUAAAUCUCUGAAAUGUAAUGCUCUCCUGGUUUAAUGUUUUAUUUUGAGUGAUUGUGUCAUUGUUAAUGUGUUUGUAAUGUUUGAAUUCAAACGGUGAUUAAAGAUGGAUGCUGUAAAAACUGUCA